GAAGCGCGAGAGAGAGAGAAUCCUUUUCUGUUCCUUCUUCUUGCAUGCGACUGUGAAACAAAGAAAGAAAGCUCUGACAAGUUUCGACAAAAAUGGCGGCGAAAGAGGAAGACGGCAACGUAAACGCCGAUGGUAAUCUGGCGGAAGCGGGAGAGAUGGAUGAGCUGUUGCAGGCAAUAUCGGACGUUCUUCGUUCUCAAGCUCCUCUUGUUCAUGAAGAUGAGAGCAACCCAGGCGAGAAGAAAGAGACCACGGACACGUCAGAUUCUUGCUCUCAAGGAGUUGAUACAAGCAUCCAGAAUAUUAGUAGUGAUCAAGAGACGAGUAAUGAGCAAGGAACCAGUACUAAUCAACUAUUGGCUGUUUCAUCUACUACUGAUAAUGUGCCUGUAACCUCGGUUGAAGCAACAACAUCUCAGCCAUCUUCUAGUGACAUAACAAAUGUUGAAACCAAGAGUGUGCCAGUAAAUUCAGGUGAAGACGAGAUGAUUUCCUCUUUUGGGGCGCCAAAAAUGGCUGGUGCUUUGAAGACGAGAUAUGCUUUAAUCAUCAAAGAGCGUGUAACUAAAGCUCCUGUCAAGAAUGAACGUCGCUUGCCUGAUGAUGAAGACGUUACUAAUUCAAUUGAUUACACAUCUAGUGAGUAUGACGAAACAAGAGAUCGACUUAAAAUCCCUUUCUCUCUACUCCCUAUAGAGAAUAAUGAUGACUCAAAAGAGCUGAGCAAAAUAGAUCCCUCCUCCUCAGACCAUCUUGAAGCAGAACAUGUGCAGUAUGGAACUCAUGAGCCGGUGAAUCAGCCAAUGCCUACAAGACAAAGCAUUACUACUACUGCAUCUUCACAUGGUCCUAGGCUAUCCGUUUCCAUGACCAAGGCAUUGAUAACAUCCACUGACUUUGUACCAAAGAGGAACCAACAAGCCAUGAACCUACCACAGACACAGAGGAACCCACAAGCCAUGAACCUACCACAUACACAGAGGAACCCUCAUUACUCUCAGUUGCAAGUUCCUUCAGGGCAGUAUGGUAAUAUCACGAGACCUCCUUACUUGCCACCAUCAGCAGUACUACCAUUUCAGCAACAUGGUGGUAGUAACAUGGCGCAUUAUGGUAAUAUCACGAACUCUCCUUACUGGCGACCAGAACAGAACGAUAUCUACAACAUGCCUCCUCAGUCAGCAGCAGCAUUUCAGCAACAUGGUCGUAGUAACAUGGCGCAUUAUGGUAAUAUGGGGACAUAUCCUUACUGGCGGCUAGAACAGUACGGCAGCGACAACAUGCCUCAGUACUCAGCUGCCUCUAUGGUUCCUUCUGCUUACGGUUCUGCUAACACCUUUGGCACGUGGGGUGAUAAGAACCAAGCAAACUCGAGGUUUGGCUCUGAAGGUGGUGUCUCAAGCAACUACUUGCCAUCAAUUCAGCCGCAUCAGAGUGGAGACUUCAAUGCGUGGCGACCUAGUUCCAGCCACAGCCCACAAGAACAGCAAAUUUGGAAUGAUGUCUAUGCAUCUCUGGACCAACAAAACGAUAGGAGUGAUCCAUCUGACGAAACCCAACAACGUUCACGGCCAAGAGACAACUAGAGUAAUCAAAAAUCAACCAUAUCAGAACUAAUGACUUUCUUUAGAUGGCUUUAAGCUACUUUGUUUGUGCCUUCGAAAAUACUCUGGUAACGUUUUGUGGAUAUACUACGUUCUAUGCUUCUUCUUUUUUGUUAAUACUAGG